AUGGAUAAAAGUACACAUAGAUAUGGGACACCUCGUAAGGCAACACAAAAAGUUGUUCAAAAAGUUAAAACUCCAACUACUUCAAAGCUCAAACAGCCUAAACACUCUGCUUCUCCUUCGAAUAAAAUUGAUUGUGAACCGAAUCCCCCUUCUAUUCCGUCUAACCGACCAAAUAAUAAUUCAUCUUUAAUAUCUGGUGAUUCUAGUGACUCUAAAAUCAUAGAAAGUCAACCAACCAUCGAGUCAUAUGUUACUGCAUCACCAAAAUUACCUGCAAAAAAAUCUAUUAAGAAAAAGUCAGCAUCACGUAAUAAUUUUCCGAACGUAAAAACGAAAAAUGUUAAUGAAUCUUCGUUCGAUAAUAUAGAACAGAUUGAUGAAGAUGAUGGGGUGUUUACUUCGGUGAUUAAAAAGGUUCUUGUAAUAACCAACAAAUCAUCUUCGAAAAAUCCUGCUAAAAGGCCAACCACAUUAACUAGCUUAACUAGCAUACCUAGACGUACAAGCAGCAUUCCUAAUAUUGAUGUUAAACCACGUGAAAGAUCAAGUGUCUCUAUUAUACCUUCUUCAACAUUUAAAUCGAACUUGGAUAAUGUCAAUCUUGUCCAUCGUCCGUUAGAGAAAAUUAGCGAUUCUGAUAUUUCAAGGAGAGGUUCAAGAAUUACACCAAAGAAAUCGAUAUCAAAUUCUUCAACUAAUAAAUCCCCUGUUCGAAACGUAAAAAGUCAUUUAUAUAAUAAUGCUCAACUUUCAAAAAAUAGUCCUCCUGUUUCUCUUACAGUUACUCCAAAAAGAGACAGUGUUAAAAGUUUAUCCUCUGUAUCUUCUUCAGCUUUAAUACUGAACAGGAAUUCUUAUUUAAAAAAGAGUCCUCCUAUUUCUAAACCAAAAAGAGACAGUGCUAAAAGUUUACCUUCUACAUCAUCUUCGACUUUAAUACAGAACAGAGUUUCUUAUUCAAAAAAGAUUCCUCCUCCUGUUACUACACCAAAAAGAGACAGUGUACUUUCUGUGCCAUCUUCAACUUUAAUACAGAACAGAAUUUCUUAUUCAAAAAAGAUUCCUCCUCCUGUUACUACACCAAAAAGAGACAGUGUUGAAAGUUUAUUUUCUGUGCCAUCUUCAACUUUAAUACAUAGCAGGGAUUCUUACUCAAAAACCCACCCACCAUCUCCACUUUCAAAAGUCGUGUUUUCUCAAUCAGAUAUAAAUCAUAAUAGAUCUAAGAGUGAACCUAUUAUUCAAAAUUCGUUGAAUGAAGUUUCUUCUGUUGAGGAGGAUGAUCUAAAGAAGCGUAAAAAAUUGUGGAAUGUCAUAAAAGAGUUGAUAGAAACUGAGAAAGCUUAUUUACAAGAUAUGAAACUUUUGGAAGAGGUUUAUUAUAUACAAGCACGAGAUAUUCCUAUUUUUGACCAAUAUGAUUGUAAAACAAUAUUUAGUAAUCUUCCGGAUAUAAUAAGAUUUUCUGAGGAUUUUCUAAAUUUAUUGCUUGCUGCUAGUGGAAUUGAAGGUUCAAGUAAUGAUAUUGAAAAACAUUGCAAGUUAGAAAAUGAUGAAACAUAUAUCGGCGACGUGUUUGCACAAAUGAUGAGAAAAGAACAAAGUGAUAGUAGGCUGGAAAAGGUCUAUGGGGAAUAUUGUAAACGACACGAGACUGCCGUUCAGAAACUUCGAGAGUUUGAUAAUGAUGAAAAUGUUCAAGGAUUUUUACAGAAAUGUAAGAGUCAAUGCAAUGGCCGAACAACAAGUUGGGAUAUCACAAGUCUUUUAAUAAAACCAGUACAACGUGUAUUAAAAUAUCCGCUGCUGUUGCAACAAAUUUUAUCACUUACGAAACCCUCUCAUCCAGACUAUGAGCAACUUCAAUUUUCUUUAUCAGAAAUUACAAAAGUUGCUGAACGAAUUAAUGAAAUAAAGAAACGCAAAGAUAUAGUCGAAAAAAUUACACGUAGUGAUAUAAAGUCUGCAGAAGAUGAACUUUACAAUGCUUAUGUAGAAAAGUUUAAAUAUUUGGAACAGCGAGGAGUUCAAUUAGCGAAGGAAAUAAAGAGCUGGGUUAAAUCUAUUAAAUCAUUUUUUGAAGACCAACGACGAUUAGCAGCCGCAAUAGAAGAUUUUCAUAUGCUAGGGACAUCUUCAAAUAAAAUUUCAGAUGAAUUUGUGGAGAUCAUUGAAUACGGAAAGGCUAUUAAAGGCCUGGAAUCUUCUUGUGGGAAAGAAAUGGAGGAAGCAAUUAAAAAAGUGCUAUUUCCUCAAAUUGAGAAAUUCUUAUCGCUUUUUAAGGCUCCUGCAGCUGUAAUGAAGAAACGUGAACGAAAGCUUUUUGACUAUUGUCAUGUCAAUCUAUUGAAAAUAAAAGGUGAAACACCUGAAAAAUCGCUCCAACAAUCUGCAGAUGCUUUCGUGUCCAUUUCGGAACAAUUGCGCGAAGAAUUACCCACGUUCUUCGUGUUCAUGACGGAAUAUUAUGAUAUUAUUGUGCAAGAAUUAAUUAAAAUACAGGCACGAUUUUAUCGACAAAUGAGCAUGGACUUUCAGCAAUACUUUUAUAAGUUUGUAGAUUUACAGGCUUUAGAACAAAUAUCUGAUGACAGAGAAUUGGUCCUGAGAAAUAUAGAUGUAAUUAAAGAAUAUAACGAUUAUUACUUUACCACAUUGGAAAUAGAUAAAGAAGUGAACUCGUUUGCUCUAAUCGAUACAAAAAAACUAGAUGCUAAUGAAAAUAGAAAUGGACGAGUAUCAAGUAUUUCAGAAUCGAUUAGAUCUUCAGCUUCAUCAAGAAGAUUAGAAGGUUCACUGAACAAAGCAGAGUCUAAAGAACAUAGAAAAGGUGGUAUUUGGACUGAUGAUGAUGAUACAGAUGGGUCGUGGUAUUCAAAUAAUACGUAUGAUAAUAAAAUACGGAACCUUUAUGAGUUGGAUAAAGAGAUAAAACACAAAUCCCAGCAGAAAUAUAGUGAUCAUAAAAAAUAUUCCACAGAUAGCAUCUUCGAAUAUCGUUCAUUAUAUGGUGGCAGCUCAUUUCAAGAUUCUUUGGCUAUUGAUGUAAAAGAUGAAUCCCCCAUUAUUACUGAUGUUGGUGAAAUUGGUGGUAUUAGUAAAAUUGGUAAUAUUGGUAAAACUAGUAAUGUUGGUGAAAUUGGUAAUAUUGGUAAAACUAAUAAUAGUAGUAAAACUG